AUGAAGUCGAAUACCCUAGCCCGCCAGACGAUGAAAGGCGUGCACAUUUCUAAUUACGACAUCGUAAGAGUCCUCGGGAAAGGCAGCUUCGGUGUUGUGCGUCUCGUUCGCGAGAAGAGUGACAAUUGCGGCAGUCUACGCGGAAGCAGCUGCAGUAUGGGAUAUCUCGAUGGCUCAUUGACGCCAAAAACUGAUAGGCCUUCUCCGUCCAUCCGCAGACAAAAGCAAGUCUUCGCCAUGAAGGUCAUCAGGAAGUCGGAUAUGCUUCGCAAUAGCCAAGAGGGACAUUUGCGAGCGGAGCGAGACUUUCUAGUCGCGUCGGAGAAUUCGCGAUGGGUGGUUCCCCUCAUUUCUGCUUUCCAGGACAACAACAAUCUCUAUCUCGUCAUGGAAUACAUGAUGGGCGGCGACUUCCUGGGCCUCCUUCUUCGCGAAGACAUCCUCGAUGAAAACGUCGCGAAGUGGUAUCUCGCAGAGAUGAUACUGUGCAUCGAGGAGGCACACAAGAUGAACUGGAUCCAUCGCGAUGUCAAGCCCGACAACUUCUUGAUCACAUCGUCUGGCCAUCUCAAGAUCUCCGACUUUGGCCUCGCCUUUGAUGGACAUUGGGCUCACAACCAGACUUACUACAACGAGCAACGAUACGGUCUACUCCGCGACUUGGAUCUACAUGUCAAAGGCGACGCACAAGACGUUGAGGAAGACAAGGAUCGAUCAGACGCUCACAAGACCAUGAAUCUCGUCAAUGGAAGCGCAGCGGCCCGCGGUCGUUACCAUACCAGACAAGCCUCAACGCAUGGACCCAUCAUCGACUGGUUAAAUCGAGAGCAGAGGCGUGAAUUCGCCAAGAGUGUCGUUGGUACGAGCCAAUAUAUGGCACCAGAGGUCAUACGAGGCGAAAGCUACGACGGUCGCUGUGACUGGUGGAGCAUUGGUAUUAUAUUAUACGAGUGCCUUUACGGCUGCACGCCCUUCUUCUGCGAUAACCGCCAAGCUACGAAGAUGCGCAUACUCGAUCAUAGGAGGUGGCUGCGAUUCCCAUCUGACCAACGUUAUGCCCGUCCCAACAUCGACCGCGUCCCACUCAUGCCAGUUUCACGCAACGCAAUCGACCUCAUGAUGCGACUGCUCGAGGACAGACAAGAUCGUCUCUCAGCUAAGCGAUACCGUGAGAACGACUGGGUCCUCCGCGACAAAGCUGCUGGUGCGCGCCGCAAUCGUAACGUCAACACCACUGGUCACAUCGUUUACCCCAACGAUGCCGAAGACAUCAAGUCGCACCCCUUCUUCCGCAACAUUCAGUGGUCACAACUGCAUCUGACUCGUCCACCAUUCGUACCACGCGUUCACGGCGGUCAGCCAAUCACCAAAUACUUCGACGACGAGGCCGAGAUCAUGAGCGCGUCUGACCAUCUCGACUCUUCAAGCUACGAAGCUCUCGGGGGGCUGGCAGACCCUGCGGUAGAAGUUCAAGAUGGUGAGGAUGAUGUCAUGUCCCCGGUCCCGCCGACUACCCAGCAUGAUGGUGCAGCUACGCCCGCUCAAGAAGGGUUCGCUAAGUCAUUGCGGGACAUGAAGAGACGCAAACGAGAAAAGAAACGACCGCGCGACAAGCUUCUUCGAGAUCCAGAUGUCAGCCAAACUGUUCUGGAGAUCAGGAAGAAAGGUGCUUUCGUGGGCUACACUUAUCGCAGGCCUAGGUUCUCGUUGCUAGACUUGGAGGACAAGAUCGCUGCAAGACCUCACAUCACACGCGGUGGGAUAGUUGCUGCGAGUGCUUAG